GGCGCGGCGGAGGCACCGCCCCCUCACGUGACGGGCGGAGGCGGGGCGCUGGCCGGAAGCGGAAGCGAACGGAGCGGGACGCCGCGCGGGUGGUGGCUGAGUCCGAGGUGCAGCCAUGGUGUCCGGCAAGCAGCUGGCUGACUUCGGUUACAAGGCCUUCUCCGGCUCCAUGGUGCUGCUGACGGUGUACGGCGGGUACCUCUGCGGCGUCCGCGCCUACCGCCUCCUCCAGCGCCAGCGGGAGCGGCAGGCCGCGGCCGGCCCCGACCCCUGAGCGCGGCCUGGGACCCCGUGCCGUCUGUCCCGGCUGUGGGGGGAAGCAGGGCACGGCCACGGCCACAUGGCCUCCCCAGGCUGGGGGAAGGGAGCUGGGGCAUAAUAAAAACGCUGUGGAAACGCCGAA